AUGGAUAAUAAUAAUGCAGAGAAUCAUAUUUUACAAAUUUCCAAUGAAAUUGAUGAUUUGAAAGAUGAAGAAUUAAUUUCAUAAGCCUUAAAUAUCACCCAAGAUGAAUUCUAAAGAGAAAUAAUGUGUUUUAGAGAUGUUGGAACAAAAAAAUUAUGUGCAAAUAGAAUUAAUGAAUUAGAACUUUCCUACUAAUGCUUUGAUUGCAGUAAAGAUACUAGCCAUAUAAUUUGCAAGGAAUGCUUUAUUCCUGAAAUUCAUAAAAGUUAGUUUCAAAUAUUAUUAAAGAUCAUGCUGUACAAAUAGUUUAAAUGUCAUCUUAAAUGUAAGGAUAUUGUGAUUGCGGUGAUACAUUUAUGCUUGAUAGAAACUCGAUGUGCCCAAAACAUCUUUAAAAAGAUGUAAAGGUCGAAAAUAAAUUCAUAGAAAGUAAAAAAUAAAAAUAAAUAUAGAUAAUCCAGUUUUUAAAAAGUACGAAAAAUUUCUGAUGGAUGCUUUUGGAUUAUUCUAUAAAAAAUUAGAGAAAUUUAAAGAUUAUCCUCAUGAUCUUUUGGAGAAUAUAGAAAAUAUAAUAAAAAUUUUAAACAAUGAGAUUUUGGACAUUUAUUUUGAUUCUAAUAUAAUUUAUUUAGUCUCUAUUAAAGAUUCUAUUAGUGAGGCUAAAUAAAUUCACAGUUUAAUAUUUAGAACUUUAUAAAUAAUAACUAAUGAUAAUAUAAUAUGGGGCUAUUUGACAGGUAAAAUUUUAAAACAGGAAUUUCAAAUAUCGAUCAACUAAAAAUAACUUAGAUCAACAUCACUCUUGGAGUAAUAUCUAUAAUAUAACGCCCGUUUGGAAGGUUGUCUUCAAUUUUAAUAAGAUAUUUCAACAUUUUUUCCUCUUUUCUUUUAAGAUGAUGAUUUUAGAAUUUGCCUUUCAACAUGUGUAAUUUAAAAUUUUAAGAACUUUUAUGCUCUGGUUUGUUCAUACGAAUUAAUUACUAAUAAAAAUAAAGAAUUAAAAUUUCAGGUAUAUAAGGAUACCAAGGAUUAAAAAUUGACUGAUUUAAUAGACAAAAUACUUGCUUGUAGCUAAAUUGAAGAAAUAAAAUCUAGGAAUUCUCUUAUUUAAGGAGCAAUUAUUCAAAAAUUAUUUUUAUUUAUGCAAAGAGGUUAUAUCGAAAUGUUGAGGUUAUACAAAACUGUCCAAAGCCCUAUUCACUAUUAGCUAUUUAGCGUGGUUUCAGAUUUGAUAUUGGAAAUGUAAUAAUUCAUACUAAUUUAGACCGUUGAUUGACUUUCCAUCCCUAUAAAUAUGCAACUCUUAUAGUUAUGGAAUAGAAUUAAUGGCAAAAUGUGAAAAAGCCAUUAAUGAGCAAAUUAAUUAAAUUCAAGAGAUUCUCUAAGAAGAUUUUAGUGCUUUUAAAAUUCAAUUAUUAAAUCCAAAAUCAAUUGGAUUUUAGAAACUAUUAAACGAAUCUUUAUUAAUUUAUUCAUUAACAAGGAGACACCCAUGUUAGCAAUUGAAAAACUGUGUUUUAUAUUAUCCCUCAGAUGUUCAAUAAAAAGAAUUGUGUCUUAAUUACUCCGUAAUUAUAUCCUAAAAAAUUUUAUCCUCUUUUAGAUAUGAUUUAAAAUAAAUCCUAUUAAUAUUUGAUCAUUUACAUUCCUUUGAUGCUUAGAAUAUUUUAAGAUUAAUUUUGCACUAUUACCUUAAUAAUUUAAUAAAUUCUUUUGUUUUAAAAUACUAAUCACCAAUACAAUUAAUAGCAUUUAAUUAAGUCUUGAGUGACCGAAAUUUUAUUACUGUAUUGUCAAUAUAUUUGCUUAAUUUUUCAAAUUCUUAAGAUGCAUAUAAUAAUGUCCAAGAGUUAAGUGGAUUAGAUAAGACCUAGUUCAAUUAAAUAAUGCAUCAAAUAUUAAAACGGACUUUGUUAAAUUAUAUCAUUUUUUAAUCACCUGUGUGUUUUGAAUAUUAUAAGGGAGAUUAAGAUUAUUGGAAAAAUUUAGAAAAUGAGGUGUCUCUUCAAUAGGUUGAUGUUGCAUACAUAUAACUCUAUGCUUUUCUGUUUCAAGAGUUUGGCAUAUAUCAUAUUGUUUAAGGUUUUAUUGAAAUAUAAUAACACCUAAAAUAAAAAAUAAAUUUAUCUUUCUUAAUUUGUAAAAUUGCUUAAACAGAUUACGAUUUAAUAUAAUGUGUUGGAAGCAUUACUGGAAAUCAAUUUAAUGAAUAAUUUUAGAAAGGUUUGGCAAAAUUAUUUUAAACUGUUUUCUAUUCUUAAACAUUUUAUAACUUAAAUGAAAUGAGGACUCUUCUUAAAGAAUUCAGUUAUGAAAAUAAAAUAGAUUUGGAAACCUUAAUUUUGAGUUCCUGUGAAAUUAAUUUAGAUAAUGGACAGCUUUAGUUGAAAAAGGAAUUAAAAUUGCAUAUUUAUGAACCUAUAUAUGCUUCCUAUAAUGAGAAGAUCAAAGAGAAGAUUAAUGAUAAAUUGCAAAUGUAGAAUGACAAAUUUGUUGAGAUAUUUGGAUCCUCAUUAGAAUAUGAACUGAAAUAUUAUGGUACACCAAAAUCAACACUGACAAAUAUUAGAUAUGAAAUUCUAAAAGCAAUUUCUUAGGAUUAGAAUUAAUACUUACUGGAAAUAAUUGUAAAAGAUUUAGAGAAUAAUUUAUAAUCCAACAAGGGACUUAUUAAUUAACUGGAUGCAACAUUAAAAAUUUUACAAGAGAAUGCCAUUUACAUUAAUUUAUUAUAUUUAUCCAAUUAAAUGUUUAGUUCCAAUAAUGUCAAAAUAUAGCAUCUAGUAGAUAAAAUUUAACACUACAGUUAAGUUUUUAUUUUGCUGGAUAAAGUAAAUCAUACAUAAAAAUUAUUUUUCCAAGUUUAUUGUUCCAGAUUUGAAAACUUAAGUUUCACUCAGAAUUUGAACUAAAAAGAACAAUAGGUAACUGAAACUAAAUCCAAUGAAAAUCACUAAAACAAUAAAGAAUAAUUAAAAAAAAAAUUCAAUCUAAUGAUGGUAAAUUUCUCUAACCAAAUCACUAAUGAAGAUUUAUCAAAGGUUACAGAUGAAAUUUGUUAAUUAUGUAAGUUAGCAUUUGAAAAUAAUGAUCUUCAAUAUUAGCCAAUAUUAAUCUAGUACUCAAACAUAUUGGAACAAUUAAAAAUUAUUGAAGUAUCCUCCAAGACACAUCUUGAUAUCCUAUCUGCCCAUGUUUCAAAUUGUAAUCAUACCUUCCAUUUGAAUUGUUUAAAAAAAUAAAUGUUUGAUUAAAAGCAAAAGGAUGAAUACUAUUAAUGCCCUUUGUGUUAUUCUCCUUAUAAUUUCAUUCUUCCAGAUCCAUAUUAAAUUCAGAACAUUGAAAUUGUACAAUUUGAAAUAUGUUUAGAAGCUUUCAUAGAAUCGCUGUCUUCUCAUAAUUAAUAAAUUCUUGAGAAACAUUAUUUGGAUACAGAAUUUAACCUUUACUCAUUUCUAGACGAAAUAUUGUCUUAAAUUUUAUGCAAUUUAAUGUUCUAAUUAUUGAGUGACAUAAAAACAUUUAUUGAAAAGAACCAACAUUUAUUUUUAUAAAAGGUAGUAACUCUGAUGAGAUUAUUAUAUCAGAAUUUGAAUAAUAGAUUAAUUGAUAAUAUAAAAACAAGUGAAAAUGAAACGUUAUUUAAAAUUGUGAAAAUUGCCUAGCUUUAUCUUUUAAAAUAAACAAAUCUUAAUUAAUUUAAGCAAAAUCUUAUAAUUUUAUUUCAUCAAUAAAAUUAUUUUGCUUAAGUAAUAUUUCAAUUAUUUACAGAAAAGAAAGUCAAUUUAGCUAGUAAUAAUAUAGUUUUGCCUUAUGAUAUUUUAAAAAUUAAGGAUUCAUUUAAAUAGAGAAUGAUCAAUUUCUUAUCAAUUAAUUUUAGCUAAUUUUUUGCAAAGCAUUUCUUAACAAAAUGUUAAAAAAAGAAAUGCUCAAUACUAAGUUCUAAAAUGGAGACCAUUUUUUCUGGGCAAUGUAUUUGUUUAAUAUGUUUGAAGAAAAUGUGCCUUGGAAAUUGUGGAAAUUUCAAUCAGGUAAUUAUAGAAUUUGAUUUUAGAAACAAUUAGGAAAUCUUUAAAGGCAUAGCAUCAACAAUCAUUAAAGUAAGAGUAUCUUCUUAAAUGUCGAAAAUAGUUCAUUAAUAUUGAUGCGAUCCCCUUCCUAUAUAUUAAUGCCAAAUAGCUUAUACACAAAUAGAAUAGGUGAUUAACCUGUCAAGGGUCCGUAUCCAUUAUAGCAUUACAGCAAUUUUUAAAUCAAUCUAAAAAUUCUGGAUCAAAUAUUUGAUAUUAUUAUGGAAGAAAAGUACAUAUAAAAAUUAUAUGCGAACUCCUAAAGCCUCUAAAUAACAUUGACUUGA